CGCCUUGCUGAGCAUCUUUGUAGUAUUCGUCCAGCUCUUCUCUGGUGAUAUUCUCCUCACUUACUUCUGCAAUGAAACUCCAGAUCGCUGUGCUGCUGGUCGGUGUUGCAGCGCUGGCCCUCGCCAGGCCCGCUGAUAUCAUCGACUUCGAGACGGACACGAUCGAGCACGAGCAGGAGGGUCAAGCUGGGAAGGCGGUGAAGGGUGAGUACAGUUGGGUGGCGCCCAACGGCGAGGAGUUCAAAGUGGAGUACGUGGCUGACCAUCUCGGCUACCGCGUGCUGGAGUCCAACGCCCAACCCAAGUUCC